AUGAAUACAAACCCUUCUUCGUUUUCAAAAGGUAUGAGUUGGCUGACGGGUUCAAGUCAACCGCAGUCGCAACAACAACCACCGAACAUACAGACAAGUACUCUGUCAUCAUCCAUGUUUCAGAGCAUGACGAGUGGUAAUAAUAACUCCCUUGAGAAUGCUCGGUUAACAUCUCCGACAAGACACAAUUUGAAUUCUCUGAUGACACUUUCAACAUCACCAUCAUCAGCCUCCUCGAAUAAAACAGGAAAUUCUUUGACGGAUCAAACAUUGGGAUCAGACUUGGUGAACACGGGUAGUAAUAAUAUUUCAUUUGGGGAAGACUUUGAUGAGGUUCGGUCCACGAUUAGCAACGAGAGCACAUCAAGCAGGUUCAGCUCCUCAUCGGCACGAAAUCGGGAUUUACAAAAAUUAUUGAUGAACACCAACGGCACAGCCAAUAACUCAUCAUCUUCCAAUAGAUAUGCUGAUGUGACUCAGUCGGCAUCAAUCGACAGCACUACUCUCUCUUGGGAUGAAGUACAAAAUGUAAUGAAAGUAGGAUCUGUGGAGAAGGAGAUGGAACAAAUGAAAGAAAAAAUUGAUCACUUGCAACGAAAUAAUCUAACGUUAUCACAAUCUUUAUAUUCUACAAACAAAGAGCAUAUAUUGCUACUAAAUACGCUAAAAGAGAAAAUUCAUGAAGUUUUUCCGAAUAUUUUGAUUGAAAACCAAAAAUUGAAAGAGCAAGUUAAAGAAUUGACAAGUCACGUAUUCAAUCUCGAGAAACAACUCGAAAAAGUGAAAGUAGAACAUGAAAAUACCAGAAUAACAUUAGAACAUAAGAUUGAAGAGCUAAAGAGAGAAAUGGAUAGUUUAAAAACUAAGAAAGUUCAAACAAAAUACGAACGAAUAGAAGAACUCAUCAAUGCAUGUAUCAAACCCAUCGAACAUACUCUGAAAAACAACAACAUUGCUGUGAAGAGAUGCUCUGAUGACAUUUAUCAACUAGGACAAUUUAAACUAAACGUGAAUUUGGAAAAGAGAGGAGAAAAUGAAAUUGUUGUGGUACAUUUGAGCGACAAAACGAUACCGUUCGAAGACUUUUUACGAACCUUUUGCAGCAAAUUCAUCAUGAAAUAG